AUGGAUGGCGAGUCACUAUCGCCUGAUAUGCUGUCCACCGGCUUCCUCGCUUCUCGCCCCGCGCCAACGACCAUAGAAACUUUCUCCUCCUCUUCCCCGAUCCACGCCUACGGCGUAAAGGCCUCCAUAGCCGUGCGCGAGUCCGUGGACGGCGUUUUCGAGACGCCUACGCCGACGUCGAGCUAUAAUGACCAUGACUACAAGACGCAAAAGUACCUGGGUGCUGCGCUUGUCACGCCGGCGACGGCGUCGGAGGAGCCGGCGGGGGGCCUUGUUGUUCACGGUGGUUUGCUGUUCCCUUUCGCGAGGGAGCCUCGUCGGCGCAAGCAGGGGCGGGGUCCGUCGGGUGCGGUAGAGAAUCAGCAGCUUGGGUCAUUGUUUUGA